CGCCCAUUCGACACACUCAGUAUCUGAGACGGAAGGGAAAUGCAGGGCUGUCGGGAGAAGAUGGGGCUGAAAUGCCUAUUUACAUUGACUUAAUAUUCUGUUUCAUCUGCAGGUUGUGGCGGCUGGGGCACGGAGGCCUGAGGGAGAGAGAGGCGAGGAGUGCGAGGACGAGCAAACGUGAGGUCUCAUGACGGGUGUUUUACCAGACGGCUGCACGCAUGCAUGACAAAGAGGCUCACGUAUCCGGAGCCAGAGCCAGGGCACUCUUUCGCACACUCUCUCCAAAACAACAGAAGGUGCCGUUGAAACCUCUCAGAGGUCACCGAGCCAGAUGUUGUCCACUGAUGCAGAGAGGAGCGGUGCGACAUUCAGUACAACAGAGCAGAACCACUCAGCCAGAGGACACUGGAGUGACAUUUUGCUCGAGUAUAACAGAAAGAGACAGAGUGGCAACAUUGAAGUAAGAAAUCUCAGGUGCACUUGAACAAAACGGUAGAAAUUGUUGUUAUCUGUCUUAUUGUGAGAACAUCAAAUCAAACUAAUGUCGACUUUCUCCCCUUACCAGAUUUUAGAAGUGGCUGCAGAACGGUUCGGACCGUAUUUGACUCUCUGUGCAGCAGUUUUAGUGUUGAUUUAUUGAUCCACCAUCGCUGCCUUGAUUUUGAAUUGCUUUUUCAUGCAUUAAGAUUUAUACAGAGGUUCCUAUGUGUGUGUGUUUUGUCUGAUGUUUAGUGUAGGAUGUCUGGAAGCAGGCACUCAGCCCACGUAAACAGAUAUACAAGUCACCUUAAUGUCAAUCAGGAUUAAAAAUGACAGCUGAGAAAUCACAAGACUUGUCAUUUAUGGUCUUGUUUGCUUUUAAAAGUCAUAAAGUAGUGUUGAUAACCAGUAAAGUGCCUUAAUUCAAACAUAACUAUAAUUAUCUAUCUCUAACAGCUGUUUUUUUUUCUACAUACAGCUCUGCAACUUUAAUUUUUCUAGUAUCGUGCUAGGCUGCAUUAGCCAAUCAGAAUCAAGUAUUCAACACAGACAUUAUUGACAUUUGAGCGUAAACAUAAAUUCAUCUCUUGUCUCACAACGUCAACGUUUUUGUGUGUUCUGACCAAAACUCGUUCAUUAAAGGGAUAUUUCACAAUUUUUGAAUUUGUGUUAUAUGAGUUAUUAAUAUUAUGGACUGGUCACAAAGGAUGAGGUUCAGCCCAACCCUGUAAACUGCAUUGGCUACCCGUAUGAGAGUUAGGCUACCGCUUUCUGCAAACAGUAAAUCUACAACAUACUUAAGCUAAUCUGGCUAAAGCUAAUCUUGGUUAAAGUGUACGCUCUACAAAAUACUUUUUCAAUACUUCACCGCCUCUUUUUGGUCUAUUUGUGGGCAAAUCGCAAACACAGACAACCCUCGAAGUUUUGCAGUAAAGAGGCCAAACUCUAUUGUGGCAACUGAACAGACCAAUGACAAAUAAUUCAUCCAACCUCAUCUUAGACAUACUGAAAAAUCCCCUUAAAGUAGCACGGUCGCAUUCAAGAUCAAGUAUGUUAAAGUAAAAUCUGGCAUUUAAAGAAGCAAGCAGCUGAUGAGUAAAGGAUGCUGGAUAUUAAGAAUAUCUUUCUUGGUCGACUAAAACCCUGACAACUUUGACUAAAAAUUGACUGAUAUGGUGGUGGUGGGAAUUGGGGUGUUUCUGACUCUGACAGCAAACCCUUCCGCGACGUGGGGCGACAUGGCUUGGUGGAGCGCAGCUUGGCGGGAUGAAGAUAUGCUGAUAUCGGCACAAGAAGGCAAUUAAACACGUAUAUUUCAUUCAGCAAAUCACCGGACGUUGAUUAAAAUGGCACGCUUCGAUCUUCCCGUCUCUAGCCGGUCUCCAGUGGGUUUUGCGAAUCCAAACUGGUAAAACAAGGGGGGUGUUCUGAGACAGGCUGUUACCUAUGAAACGGAGGUGCUCUCAAAACACCCCCAUAAGCACUUGGUACGUUCCUCCUGAUGAAAUUAACCAUAGAUUUGACGCAGAAUUUUGGUUGACUUAGCACGUAUUGACCAAUAAGUGGACCAGUCAACUAGGAUUUUACAACCCUACUUGACACAUAGUGGGGCGGACCAAUGGUGGUCCCUCUUGUACUCUUAAUUUAUGCACAGGCAGCUAGCAGAGCAGUGAUAACAAAAAGCUCUACACAUCUGCAUACAAACUGCUCAUUGCUGAACACAGUGGAAGUCUUAAACUACCCAAAACAGACUAAAUCUUGUAAACUGGUGCGAUUUCUAGUCUGGAUUUUAUAGUUAGUAUAAUAUGCCAAACCAUCGUGGUGUACAGCUUCAACAGAUUUGAAGAAAACCAAAGAAACAAAAGUCAUGGCUAUUUAAAACUGAAAACUCAUUUGCAUAAGGAAGACAGUUCUGUGCAGAGUGAGCGUGGGGAUGACGAAUCUUUUUAACAAAGCGAUGUUUUUCUAACGUCCUGACUCCAAUUGGAAAAUACAACAAAGUGCAUCAUGUGUCUGAUCUUCUGAUUCAUCUCUGGACUUGUGAUCAGAAAUUCACCGUCCUGUUCUUCUCACUUCAGCGGCGAGUGGGAGCUGACUGCUGCUCGCUAAACUGUCACUCAGGCUCAUGACUCAGAGCAGAGGACUGUUCACCUUCUUGGCUUCCUGGAGUGCCCGGGGCUUCGCUCAAGAGGGCCCGGCUCGCCGAGGUGGGAUCAGUCGGGAUAAAAUUAUGGUGUCACUUUCAUGGCAAGUGGUUCGAUCUGUAACCCGUGGAGACCGCGGGGCAAAGGGAUGAACUGACCUUGUUGAACAGGGACUUAUAUCUGGGUCCUGAGCCAUGAGUAUGCCUACUUCUCUUUUCAACUGUGAUUUAGUCAUGAACUGAAGUUUUGGAAGAACAGAAAUCAAGACCUGCUGAAAAGGCUAACCACGAUCAAUCCUAAAGUGAUGAGAACAAGUUUUUAAGAGAUCUACGGGGAUCACCUCAGUCAGCAGGAGAAAUGUGAACUCCAUGUUAGUUUGUUAAAAGCUGUGAAGAUAUUAAAGGUUGAACAAUAAAGACUGAAAGGGUUUGUUCUCAUGAAGCCAACACAGAAGAGCAAAACUUUGCAGCUCCUCCAGAGUCUGCAAAAGCCAUGAAUCGCCAUUUUACAUCCCAAAGUCAAAGAAACACAUUUUUAUUGCGUCUUCUAGGGUAGUCAAAAGUAUCAAUACUCACACGCCGUAAUCAGAUACAAUACCAAUUUGCCAUGGUAUCGAUACUACGGUGCACAUCCCUGCAGCGCCCACCAUGCACACUCUGCAAGUUUUACUGCUGCUAAGUAUGGCACCGGCACCGUGGCCUUCAUGACGAAUUCCGGCAGGUUAGUAAAGCUCUCGUUCAUCCUUAACCUUACUGUAUUAAACUGAUUAUUGAUAUUAGUCUUGCCGGUGGCCAGCAUUAAUCCAGGGUAGCUGGGGUUAGCUUUAUGCUCAGUGAAUGUUGUUUGUUUUGUCAUUAGCCAUUCGCCACGGCCCUGCAGCUAACAGCCUUAAGCUAACGCUAACGUGACUCAAACGUGUCGUCUUCUCUUGCAGAUGCAGACUGAAGCAGAGCGAAAACGACCUGCAACUGAACCAAAGAUACGACAGCCUACUCUUCCACUGCUAUUUGAGAAAGUUUGACCCAAAGUCUCCUGAAACUGUCAAACUAAACAGAGCUGUGGUAGAAUAUAUCUGUGAGGACCAACUACCAACUACCCAUUGGUAGCAGUGGAAAAACUUUUUUCUAAGUGAUAAGAGUG